CGCGGUUUCUCUGCGGCUGCCGACGAAGUCACCUUAAAAGGUGGCGCCCAAAGGAGGAAUUGGCCCAGACCCUGAGCUCUGAAAACCACCUUCGGGGAGCGAGGCGGAAGGGUGCGGGGCACCAGCCGAGGGCAGAGGCGCGAGAGCCGAGGUCGCCAUGAGUGGGCUCCACCGACUCUUCGGAAGGGGGAAGAAGGACAAGGGGCCAACUCCCGAAGAAGCAAUACAGAAACUGAAGGAGACAGAGAAGAUACUGAUCAAAAAACAGGAGUUUCUGGAGCAGAAGAUUCAACAGGAGCUACAGACAGCCAAGAAGCACGGGACCAAGAAUAAGAGAGCCGCCCUACAGGCUCUGCGGAGAAAGAAGAGAUUGGAACAACAGCUGGCACAAACCGAUGGGACAUUAUCCACCCUGGAGUGUCAGCGUGAGGCCAUUGAGAAUGCCACCACCAAUACAGAAGUGCUUCGUACCAUGGAGCUUGCAGCCCAAGGCAUGAAGAAAGCCUACCAGGACAUGGACACUGACAAGGUGGAUGAAUUGAUGGCCGAUAUCACGGAACAGCAGGAUGUGGCCCAGCAGAUCUCAGAUGCUAUUUCUCGGCCUCUGGGUUUUGGAGAUGACAUUGAUGAGGAUGAGUUGUUGGAAGAGCUGGAGGAGCUGGAGCAGGAGGAAUUGGCCCAGGAGCUGUUAAGCGUGGGUGACGAGGAAGAAGAACCCCCUGUCCAAUUGCCUAGUGUACCUUCUAUACAUCUGCCUGCAGAGCCAGCUCCCAAAGCAGAUGAAGACGAAGAAGAACUGAAACAGUUGGCUGAGUGGGUAUCCUGAUGAGCCUGGGCUUCUCUUCCUAUGGCUUCCUGCAUUGGUCCCUUUGCCUCAAGUGCCAAGUGCUGUGGUAAAAGCAGACAGCUCUUUGGGAAGCCCUGCUAAGUAAUGUGAUCCUAUCUGAGCAAGGAGCAUGUUGUCCUACCAUCCCUGGUGGAAAUCUUAAGAAUCUUGCUGCAUAAUGUGCCCUAGGCUCCUUGUGUUUGACAGGAGUUACGGUGCCCUUGUUCCUAAUAAAAUUGGGUAGAUGGGUCGUUGUGUGGGACUGUGUUGGCUACUGAAACUCCCACAGGUUCUCUGACCAUAUUUUUUGUUUUUUGGAACCAGGGAUUGAACUCGGGUCCUUGUGCUUGUGAAGCAGGUGGCGAAACCACUGAGCUAAAUCCCCAGCCCUUCUGAGCCUCUUUUUAAGCACUGAAUAAUGAGAGUAAUGAAGGGGGGCUGGAAAAUCAAACAAAACACCGUGUUUUUGCAGUGCUUGAGGAUGUGUUCAGAGGAGACACUGUUUCAUCUUUCAAGUUGGUUUGUGCUAGAGUUGCCUGUCACUAAAGUUGAGGAAACUGCCAUCA